AUGCCUUCCCUCAAUCCUACCCACAUUGACGACGAGCGAUGGCAACAUGGCUUUGCCUUUGUUGAUGAGGCCAAAGAAGUCAGGAUCCACUACAUCGACUGCCCUCCAGAGACGAAGUCCGCAAAAGGCACCGUGCUGCUGAUCCACGGCUACCCAAACACAUCGUAUCAAUGGCGCCACGUCAUCACACCAAUCUCGAAUGCUGGCUACAGAGUGAUUGCCCCAGACUAUCGUGGUGCUGGCGACAACAAUCAUCCCAGGUCUGGCUACGACAAGGUGACAGUGGCCGAUGACCUCUACAGGGUCGUUCAUGAUCAUCUCGACAAGAUUCAUGUUGUCGGACAAGACAUCGGCGGCAUGGUCGCACACGCCUAUGCUGCAAGUCACGCGGACCACACUCGCUCAGUCAUGUUUGGUGAAUGCCCACUUCCCGGCUCGACCCCUUACGAGUCAGGUUUCAAAAAUUCCCCAGGGAUGUGGCACUUCACCUUCCAACAACAACUGGACCUUCCCGAAAUGCUCACUCAGGGCAAAGAGAAGAUUUACAUCAAGCAUUUCUACGACAGACUUUGCUUCAACCCUGCAGGCAUUGGGCCAAGAGACGUCGAGCACUAUGGCUCCAGCUUCUGUCAGCCUGGCGCCAUGAGGGCCGGCUUCGACUUGUAUCGUGCGUUCCCGCAAGACGCAAAGGACAACCAGGCCAUGCUAAAACGUGAUGGCAAGUCCAAGGUUCCCUCAGCGGCAUUGAGCGGUGAGAUGAGUCUGCUCAGGGAGGUUGCGAUGGACCAGACAAAUGAGUUUUACGAGAAAGCUGCAGAGGUUGUCGUAUCGAGAAGCGGCCACUGGACUGCCGAGGAGAAUCCGGCAAGUUUCGUCGAGGGUGUUGUGUCGUUCAUCAAGAAGCAUGAUUAA